AUGCAUCUCCAAGCGCUUGCAUCGUCUGUACUUCUUCUCUCCAGUGUGGCUGUGGCCCAUCCUGGCCAUGAUCUCACCGAGGAGAUUCUUGAGAGGCGAUCUUUCAAAAAUUCCGUCCGCCGUGCCUCACUGAGCCAUUGCGCCGAAAAAUUGAAGGCGCGCGGAGUCCAAGCUCGCAACCUGGAGCGAAGAGCCGCAACUGCAGCUCUGGCUCGUCUUUCCCGGGGCGUUUCCACGAGAGAUGCGGACUCAGCGCUUGGCGAGUCGCAUAACAAGACCAGCCUCGGCUACUCUGAGAAUACCAGCAUCUCGGAACUCUUUUCCGGCAAUGCCUCAUGCGUACUUACACCAGAAGUUACCCAAGGUCCAUACUGUAUGUCAACUCCCUCCAUGCCACUCAUGUUCCUGAAUCUAACCACCGGCGCAGAUGUGGGCGGCGAACGCAUCAGAAAGAACGUCACUGACGGCCAAGCCGGAGUGGAUAUAACCUUGGACUACCAGGUCAUUGACGUUGAUACGUGUGAUCCCGUGCCAAACGUAUACAUCGAGAUUUGGCAUUGCAACUCCACGGGUGUCUAUUCCGGCGUUGUCGCCAACGGCAAUGGGGAUUCGUCCGACGAGACCAAUAUCAACAACACCUUUCUACGGGGCAUACAAAAGACAGACUCGGACGGUGUGGCCCAAUUUGACUCACUCUUUCCCGGGCACUACACCGGACGGGCGACGCACAUCCACGUCAUGGUGCAUACCAAUGCAACCGAGCUGUCGAAUCAGACAUUGGGCAAUCAAGUCUAUACUAGUCACGUAGGACAGACCUUUUUCGACCAAGAUCUGAUUACUGCCGUCGAAAAGGUCGAGCCAUAUGCCUCCAAUACGCAGCCAUUGACCGAGAACUCGGGCGAUAGUAUUCUGUCCGAAGAGGCUGAUACGACUGAUCCGCUGAUGGCCUACACAUUGUUGGGAGACAGUGUCGCCGACGGUCUCUUUGCUUGGCUGGCAUUUGGCAUCAACACAUCCUAUGUAAACGAGGUUCAACCUGCCUCCUUCUAUUACGAGUCAGGCGGCGUUGAGAACCCCAAUGGUGGGUUCGGCGGUCCUGGGGGGAAUGGAGGCGGCGGCCCUCCUCCCAGCGGUGCUCCUGGCGGCCGGCCUGGGGGGAGCAAUGGCACGGGCACCUCGGGAGGCAUUGCCUCGCCUACCGCCGUCAGUAUGGGAAAUAGGUACACCAUUGGCGCUGUGACAUUCUCCUUGGUAGGCCUUUUGCUGCCUCUGCUCUGGCUCUAA